GCAACGUUCACUCACCCUGGGAGCAGACACGUGAGGCUGAGACAGCAUCGCUCUUCAUACAACGACCCUACAAAUCAUCAUCAUAUUGCACGUGUUUCAUGAGCGUGGCUGAAGAUGUUGCGCCAGCCUUAGGUGCCCCAGAAGAUGCCCCUCGGCCACAGCAAUACGAACUAGCGGUGAUGGAUGGGUUGUCUAGCUCUAAGGUCACGGUCGAGUACCACGAUCCGUCGGGCGUGUUCCCAUUGAUUCAAGAGGACUUGACGGCGCGACUACCGCUUCGGAACCUGCACUGGAAAGCACCAACAAGGCCCCUCAGAUCCAUUGACUCUCUCCAUGUGGACCUUGUGCCUACCAGCGAGUCGACCCAGGAUGCAAGCGCCGAGAAAGAAAGGCGCCAUCAAAUUCCGGGCCUACGUCGAACACCUUAUCUGAAGGUGUAUCUCUUGAGAUGCGAUGAUUCGGAAGCCUACAAGGGCACAGCACGUAAACAGCUGCGUGAGUGGAUUAAGGAUCACACACCGCCAGCUCAGAGCAGCUCAACGAGCUCGCAAGAGAACCACGACGCCUACGAAUGGAUGAUCAUCCACGUUGUCUUGCCCGAUACAGCUGCAGCAAGUCAGCCACGUGGGUCUGGAAGCGCCGCAACCGGGGACAAGGAAAAGACCGGCGCGACUUCUGUCUUCAAGAGGACAUCGACUACCAUUCUCGAGAAGAUUCGUGCAGACUUCAACAUUGCUUCAAAGUCGGCGCCCGAUCGAGUCGCACAAGUACGGCUAAAGAAAGAACGUGUGCCUCCGCAGAUGCUGCCUGCCGCAGGCUUAGUCGCAUCACCAGCUACUCUUGAGACCCAACAGGAGUAUGAUGGUGCUUGGGCAGAUGUAAUUACCAGAUUCAAGACACUGAUCUUGUCUUCUUUCGAUCUGCGGGUCAGUCAAUACGAGGAGGAUAUUCGCAAGAACGAUUCGCAGCGCUCGCUCCCAGGCUGGAACUUCAACACUUUCUUUGUCUUGAAAGAAGGACUGGCGCGGGGCUUCGAAAGUGCAGGUCUUAUCGACGACGCGCUUCUCGGUUAUGACGAGCUUUCAAUCGGACUCGAUACCGUUAUUCGUGACCAGGCAGACGAUGGUAGCGCCCUACAAAUGCUCAACCACUCCGAGGAUUUGUAUCAGCAAGCGGCCAAGGUCCUAGAACAGGGCCAAACCGCUGAUGGCAAUAAGCAGGAUCGUGUGCAAUUUCACGACGACAAGCCUAUCGACGCCAAGAAGAAAGACUAUCGAGGGCUCAUUUUAGCUAACAACAUCUCAAUCUUUGAGUUCAGGGUGUACAUCUUCGCUCGUCAGAUGUCGAUUCUUCUUAGAAUGGGUAAUUCGCAGUCAGCACGGGCAGAUCUGGCAAAUAAGCUCCAGCCGCGGCCAAAUGCCAGUGUAAAUCAGAGGUCGAUCGAUGAUAGCCAUCUUGGUACCAGCUCGGAUAGAAGCGUCCUUGACUCUGAAGAUCUGCUUUCGCUAGCUGAACUUUGUACACGAGCGCUCAACUUCGUAACCUUCGCCGGUCGGCUGUUGCGGGAAGACCUGAUCAACGGUGCCAAAUUUCACGAAACCACCUUUCCAGAGCAGCUAGUCGAAAAUUUGGUGCGAUCGUGGACAUUUUCAGCGCUGGAUCAAGUGCUGCGCGAAACCUCAACAUCGUCCCUUCCGUUCACAAAGCUUGCGAAAGAAGCCAACACAAGUUCGCCCGGUAAAAGCCGUUCUUUCAGUGGUCGUGGCAAAGAAAAGCUGGGGCCAGAACCCAAGACUAUGAUACACCCAUCUCGUUCAUCGUCCCGCUCAGGCUCGACAGAGGCUGCCUACCUACAGCCUUCGACGACUGGCCAGGUAGUGUACGAAAAUGGGCAGUACCAAGAUCGAGUAGCUCUUGCACAACCAGGCAUGGUCAAUCAAUCAAAAAACGGUUUGAUGGAUCUGGCUGGUCAAAGAGCACAGCUGAUCGGUAUCCAACGCAGGCUUCUCGAGCACGUUGGAAAGUCACUGGGAUGGGCUGUGGGCUGGGCAGCAAUCCUUCCUACUCUCAGCCAAAGCGAAGACUUCGCUGAAGUCAAUCUUGGCGAGGAUGAAGAAGACGAGGAAGAAGCAGAGGGCGCCACGAAUGCUAGAAAUGUCGCGCGACCUGUUCAUGCCACCUCUGGAAUAUCCUCGACAGCUCUCGUCAACGCUGCCACGUCUCUCGAUCACUUCCGCCAGUUUUACGAGACGCUCAGCGACCAGAUCUUCCAGCACUAUCGUGCGGCUGGACAGAUCAAGUCCGCAGAAAGCAUCACUGGUGAUCUGGCAGCCCUACGUUACGAGCUUGGUGAUUUUCGAGCGGCAGCAACGUAUUUCGGUAGCAUGGCUGGCAUUACAAACAAGGGCUCACCAGACGCAAGUCUGUCACUCUUUGCUAAGAGCAGAUGGAACACCGUUGUGGCGACCAUGCUGAAGAUGUACGCUCGUUGUCUCAAGAAGCUCCAUCGCAAGGAUGAGUACAUUCGAACGCUUCUCGAUCUACUUGCCAGAUCAUCCGCCAGUAGGAUCUCGUUGAGCAGCUCAUCCAAGCGAGCGAACGACGACGGCAUCUCCAACGUGCCAAACGACUGGCUGAAUGACGACAGAGUUGACACUGGUGGUGUGUUCAAUGAGCUUGUCAACUACUCGCAGCAGCUGCCGUACGAUGUGUCUGUUCAGAUGGCCGACUACUUUACCGACAUCGUUGUGGAGCCUUACCUACAACACUACGAAGAUCAAGAUGGCUUCCAACUCCGCCUCCAGUUCAGACAUAUCCUAGAAGAUGAAAUCGAGGUUCGCGCAGCCAAAGUCAGGUUGGUCAGUGCCAAUUCGACUACCGCUAAAGACAUCUGGCUGGAGACACCUGAGGCAAUUCCCAUCAAGAAGGGACUGACCCAGGUGUGGGUUGGAUGCAAUGUCAAUACAACCGGGCCAUAUACAGUUGACAAGAUCGUUCUCGAAGCCAAACGCAUUGCCUUCGUGCAUGAGCCCGUCAGCAAAACGGAGGCUCCAACUCCCCUCGGCAUCAUUGCCUCGGCAUCCGUUACGUCUUUGAAAGCUGCGAAAAAGGCCCGUGUCCAGUGUUUUCCCCGCGCUGAAGCACUUGACGCCCGUGUCUACCUGUCCCACUUCAUACACAUCGACAAACCACGGCAUAUCGAGAUCUCUUGUUCCAUAGGCGCAAAUGAGGUCGAGCGGGCAGAAAUCCGCCUGAAGUCUGCUUCAGCUGGGCUGCGGCUGCGGACCGCGGAGGCAAGUCUGGAGUCAGAAGAUGGCGUCAUAGAAGACAGUCAGAAGCCUGGUGUGAUCACAGUUGGAGCAAUGUCGGCAAAUUCCAGCAUCACCCUGAAGAUUCCUUACGAUAUGGAGACAAUCCUCCAGGACCUCGCUGUUAGAGCUGAAAUUGACUACCACACCGCAGUUGGUCAGUUUCAGUACUUUUCAUCAUUCACCAUUCCGGUCGAACUACCACUGGACGUCAAUGUACACGAUCACUUCAAGGGCAAGUCGUUGUUUUCAAAGUUCAAUAUUAAAACGGCAAAUCAAGCCCCACUAGAGCUACUCGAUACUGAGCUUCAGGGGUCAGAAGAGUUCGAAGUCCACGCGCCAAAGAGGUCAAAGAAACAUAUGCACGUCUUUGUGAAUCAGCCAGCAGCGGUGACAUACAAGAUCAUCAGAAAGGCCGCCAGCGCCGAAGAGCAAAUGCAGACUAAGCCGACUGGAAGUCUAGCCCUUGCGGUAGAGUACCGUUGCUUGAGCGAAGACAUUCUCGACCGCUUGAAAGCACACUUUGCCGCUUCUCUCAGGGGCAGUCCUGUUACUCAUCUCAGCCGGCUCCUGUUAGCAGCCUUUGUCGAGCGUGCCGAGCGAAAAAUCAUACCCUACCAGUACGAUAAUAUCGCACUGCUCGAGAAGGUAGAUAUGGGUGUGUUCGAAGAGAUGGAUUGGGCAGAAUGUCUGGAAAGCCUACCGCAAUCUGCGCGUGAAGAGACGCGAUCAUGGAUGCAAGGCUGGCUGAAGGACAACAAGACAGUGCACUUACUAAAGACCAACACAUCAGCUCCUGCAGCCACGUCCGCGCCACCAUCUCCCCAUCCACCUCGGCGUAUGGUCAUUACGGUUUCUAUCCCUCAGGUCCACAUCUUAAAUACCACUUCAUUGGACCUCACGUCUUUGUCCCAUCAAUCGAAGAUCGCUGUCGUUGGCCAACCCCUCCAAGCAACCCUGCAUAUCUCGCACACCCGCCGAUGGGCUUCAUCUGCAUCGCUUGUUGCUGCAGCAAACCUUGACACCGCGGAGGACCCUAUCGAGUUUGUGUAUACCCUCGACGCAUCACCGGAUCAAUGGCUUAUCGCCGGUCAACGCCGUGCCCUUUUCACAGCCACGAAAGACGAAACCAAAAACUUCACGAUCAUGCUCAUUCCACUGAAAGCAGGCAACGCGCUGCUGCCUAGUGUGGAUAUCAGGCCGAGGGUCAAGCCAAAGGAGAAGGAUGACGGCAAGGCUGGUGACGAAGAGAUUCUCAAUUGUGAGACAGAUUACUUGAGUUACGGGGAAAGUAUCAUGGUUGUGCCAGCCUUCCAUAGUAGUAGUACUGUUGGUAUUGGUGACAUGAGUUUGGGCACAAGCAGCGUUGUUUGGCUAGAGAGUGUGGGACAGUAGAAACGAGAACAUACUUAGCAUGUAGAUUCUACGUGUUAAACUUUUGCGCGAC